AUGGGAAACGUUCUGUCUCAAUGUACCUGCCUUAAGGGUGUUUAUGACAAAGGAGAAGAAAAUCUCGCCUUCAAAGCUGAAAUGUCAGACUCCCCAGUAGGUGUGGCCUUCACCAAGCAUGAAUCCACAAUGCUAGCUGAGCUUAAAGAAUACUACAUCCAAUUUCUGAGAGGCAAUGCCAAAAAAAUAAAACAAAUCAGAAUAGAAAAUAGAGAACUAUCUGACAAAGGCUCAAAAUUAGUCGCCCUUUUAAUACCUGAGCUUUCAGAGCUACAAGAAUUGGCCUUGAGAAAUAACCAAAUAGGGACCGUUGGAGCACAAAAAUUGGCCAAUGAGCUUGCAAGGCUUACAGGCUUAAAAGUGCUGACUAUUGCUGAUAAUCAGCUUGGGGAUGAAGGAAUGGCAGCAAUUGCAGGGCCAAUUUCUUAUAUGAAGAGCUUAAAAGUAUUGAAUUUGGAAGGGAAUGGAUUUGGAAGUGAUAGCCUUGGGGAAAUUUUGGAAAAUUUAAGCGAAUUUGAAGGGUUGAAGGUUAUAAAUCUCAAGGGAAAUAAUAUAAGUUCGAGGGGAAUUAAGAAACUUGCGAAGACGCUGAGCGAAGUAAAAACAUUGGAAGAGUUUUAUUUUGAUGAUGUCAAAGAGAGAGAUUUGGUGGAAAUUCAAAACGCGCUGCCGAAUGUUUCGCUUAACAAGCCGAAGAACCCUGAGGCUAAAUAA